UUGAAGUUUAGCGUCAUAUAAAACUAAAUUCGCGAUUAAAUUUAAAAUAAAAAAAAAAAGGAUAUAUCAGUGGAAAUAUUUUUAAUAUUUUCAUUAAAUUUUAACAUGGAGAAAUUGUUAGAAACGGAUCCUUUGCUAUGUUCGCAAUUAGAAGCAUUAUUUGAAUUUCAUGAUAAUGCUCUCCAAAAACUGGAAGAAGAUUAUAAGAAAAAUUUGGAAAAAAUUCAGAAUUUUUUUAAAACAAAUGCUAUUGUUGACUCACUUACUGCAGACAAAACUCCACAACAAAUAAAAAAACGUUCAAAAAAACUUUCAAAAUUGAAUGAGGAAAAUAGUGAAGAUAGUACAGUAACACGUGAAAAUGAAUCUGGGAGAUCAUUCAGACAUCCUCGAGCGGCCAAGAAAAAUUUAGAUUUGAAGGAAAAACCUUUGAGCACAAAAAUUCGCCGACCAUCUAAUUUCGAUCCAAGUGUAACUACCAAUAUUUACAUAAAACAAGAAAAAAAUGAUAGUGUAAUUGAUAAAUCAGGAGAGGAUAAGCAAAUUCCAGAUGAACCAAUGCAAGUUGAUAAUAAUUGUGGAAGUACAAUUAGCGAGAAUUCAAUUUUGAUACUUAGCAAAAGAAACACUGUUGUUGAAAUUGAGUCUGACGUUGAAUCAGAUAAAAUGCCACCCCCUCCAGUUCCAGGAACAAAAAAACGUAUUCGAAAGAAGAAUAUAUCACAAGAAACUGUUAACGUAGAAAUACCCAGGCCUAUAAAGUGUGAGAAAAUCAGUUUUAAUCCUAAUGAAGAUACGAAUAAUACUACAGAGAGAAAUCAAACAAAUUCAAGUACUUCAUUAGAAUCAACUAUUUCCAAAACGCAGAAAAAAAAAGAAAAUAAAUCUAAAUUUCCCAACCCAAUCAAAAUCAAAGAAGAAAAACUUAGUCUUGUAGAUGCUAAUAAUGAUGCUCCUCAAGAGAAUAAGAAGAAUAAAAAAUCAGAAAAGAAAGAUAGACAAUCAAACAACUCUAACCGCAAAGGAAGUUUAGAAUCGGUUUAUGAAGAUGCAAUGCCACUAACAUCUGAAAACAUCAAGCAAUUUUCUAACAUGCAGAUAGAAGAAAACCGUCCGUCUAACAAUAAAGUGAAUUCACCCCACGGUGAUAUAUUACCAAACGAUAAAGCAUCAAAAUUAGAUAAACAAAAUUUACAUAAUGAAGAAAGAACUUCAGAUAAAAAUGAUGCGACAUUUGUUUCUGCUCAGGGUCUACCAGCAGCAGCACACAAUAUAGCAGUGGCUAUGGCUGAACUAACAUUAAAUAAAAGUGUCGCAUCUACUCCUACAGAUCAAGCAACUUUCAUUUUGGACAACAAAAUUCAUAAUGCAACUUUGACGCUUAAACAAGGAGAAGACAUCAUAGAUUCAAAUGCAACUUUUGAAAUACGAACAAAUCCUAUAGUGAAUUUAGGUGAAACAUAUGUUCGAGAUUAUGUUGUAAAAGUAAAUAAUUGUGAAGAAAUGGAAGAACGUCCAAAAAGUAAAUACAAACCUAAACCGAAAUCAAAAAUGGAAAAAAAUCAGCUUUUCAAUCCUUUCAUUCAAAGUCCGCUAAAAACAAAAGUAGAGGCAUUUGAAAAAGCUGCAGCAGACGCUGGAAAAGAUGCAUCAAAUCGAUUAAAAGCGAACAAUAAAGGAAAGCAAAAAGAACAAAAUGACGAAAAUUCAGAAAUAAAAAAUAAGGUUGUUUCUACCUUAAAAGGCUCAUCGAAAAAUGUUACUCCUACUGCCUCGCGUGGCUUUGGCCGUAUUUUAACACCUUCACAAUCUUCUUCAACUAUAACUCCAACAAUAGGAAAUAUAAUUAAAAAGGCACCAAACAGUGAAUCAAAGGCAAUUGGUCUCGUAAAAAGCUUAUCAACUAUGAGUAAAACAUCAUUCGGGCAACAAUCUACAAGAUCAAGAGAAAACAGCGUUGAAGACCUAAAGCGGGGUUACCUUAAACUUCAAGAAAUAAGCGAGAGAAAAAAACAACGAGAUGAAAAACAACAACAAGCUUUGAUUUUAAGGCAGCAAAAGGAAAAAGAACGUGAAGAACGUAUUAAACGACUAAUUGAAGAACGUGAAGAAAAAAAAAAGAACGCUGAACAAAAACGUCAUUUAGAAGAGAUUCAAAGAAAUCUUAAGCUUUUGGAUGAGAAAAAUGAACAAAAACGUAAAUUAGAAAUGCAGAAAUUAGAAAAACAAGCCGCAGUAGCAGCCGCAAAGAAAGAACGUGAAAUUCUAGAAAAUUUGAAAAUUCAGAAAGCAAAAGAAAAACUGCAACAGGAAUAUUUUAAAAACCAAAAACUAUUAAAAAACAAAGCAAAAGAAAAUCCUCUCUAUAAUUUUGAAAUGCUACUUACGGAAGAUGAAACCGACGAUGAAGAUAAUCCAUCUAAAAAGAGGCCACCAUUACCAGAAUGGGCGACAAGAGAAGUACGACAAAAAAGUUUGCUUUUACAGGCAUACAUGCCAACAGCUUUAGUUGAUUCCUUUUUCCCUGUAACACCACUAACACCAGAUUUAAAAGAAGUUUUCCCAACAAUUGAUCCAAGAUAUUGUACGAGAAAUUCAAGUGUUUGUUGGUCAACACCACCAAGAUAUUCUGAAUUACCAAAAUAUUGAAUUUAGCUUAACAACAAAAAUUGAAAUAGGUAUGGUGUUAAAAUUUCAAAUUACCAGUCAUACUUAUUUGCAAUAUUUGGAAACAAUGUUUAAUUUUUAUCACAA